AUGAACAAAGAAUUCCUCAAAGAUAAUGCACCGAACUUGCGAUAUGAGAUUGAAUCGGACGAUCCAGGAUACCGUUUGGCCAGGGUUGUAACCGAUGGCUGCCAUACAAAUCGACCGAGUGCUGGCGACGCGAAGCUCCAUCCAGCAACACAUUGUCAGCUUGUCGUUAUGUUCUUAGAGUCGACUAUCGAAAUUGAUUGGUCUGUCCUUGAACCGGUUGGAAACAAAGCAUGCUUUCCUCAUGAAAAUGAAGCUUGUCCUUACUUUGACGCUCUGGUUUCCGAAUGCAAGCGAGGCGGCAGCCCUCACGGGAUCAUCACGGACGAACACCACAUCGCCAUUCUAUAUUUUCCCCCUAACGGACCUCCAUUCCCUUACGACGAACUUGACUUUGAUGUCAACUUCUUCAUCCUCAACUCGUUUGUUAUAGACUCUCCCAUCCGCUGGACUAUUGCUUCUUGUGUGCAUUUCGCGGCCAACGGUUCAAUCAAACCACCUCAUCGGUCUGAUUCAUGUCAAGGUGCCUUGCGUGUCCCGCUUCUCUGGAGGAUGGCUUCUCAACGGAACCCGAAACUCUUCAGUCCUACCGCUCUUAUCGGGACUUUGACUUGUACACUUUACAGCGAUCUCAGGCUGCUUGGGAUCAGUUCAAGUGCUGGAGAGUAUGGGCUGGACGACAAGCACUUGACCCACAAACACGGAUUAAGCGUGGAUCCGUUCUGCACGUCGACUUCAACGGAUCUGCACGCAAACAUCAUUUCUGGAGGUCUCCGUUUCCGAAUCCAUGUCCUCCUCAAGAGACUCUCGACAUUAUAA